AUGUGGAUUUUCGAUUGGUUCUGGGAGGUGCUGGCCUCGCUCGGCCUCGCGAACAAGCACGCCAAACUGCUCUUCCUCGGGCUCGACAAUGCCGGCAAGACGACGCUGCUGCACAUGCUCAAGAACGACCGCGUCGCCGUCCUGCAGCCCACGCUGCACCCAACCUCGGAAGAACUCUCCAUCGGCAACGUAAAGUUCACCACAUUCGAUCUGGGCGGCCACGCGCAGGCCCGUCGGCUCUGGCGCGACUACUUCCCCGAAGUCUCCGGUAUUGUCUUCCUCGUCGACGCAAAAGACCACGAGCGCCUGCAGGAAUCGAAAGCGGAGCUCGAUGCGCUCCUCGCCAUGGAAGAGCUGAAGAGCACACCCUUUGUCAUUCUCGGCAACAAGAUCGACCACCCGGACGCCGUGUCCGAGGACCAGCUGAGGAGCGAGCUGGGCCUGUACCAGACGACUGGCAAGGGCAAGGUGCCGCUAGAGGGCAUCCGGCCGGUUGAGGUCUUCAUGUGCAGUGUGGUGAUGAGACAGGGAUACGGCGAGGGCAUCAGGUGGCUGAGUCAGUAUGUGUAG